AUGAGGAUCGAUUCAGACACGGAAUCCGCUUCGGCAGAGGAGACUUAUAUCACGGGAUCUAGCGCUGAAUCGCCGCCUAGGUCAGAUGCCGAUUCUUCUAGCGUGAAUCGGAGUGAUCAGACCCCUGAAAGGACGACGAGGCCUCUGCUACGCCGAGCAGACUUGAGGGUUCGCCGAUCGUCGAACAAUGUCAACGAGAUCGGCGCAGUCCCCGAUUGUUACUCCGAGUCUCGAGAUGAGGAUGUUUUGGACGACUUGCCGCUUUUCGACGCGUUUAGAGGAUACGCGUGCUCGAUGCUCGGCCGCGUCUGUCCCGGCAGCCGUGCAGAUGGAAACGACGAGGAGGCAGCCGAGGUCGCCAGGAAGAAGAAGGAAGCCGAGAUCGCCAAAGAGAAGAAAGACGCGAUCGCCAAGGAGAGGAAGGCUUCGAUAGCCAAGGGGAAAAGGGCUGCUGAAAGGGCUGCGGUUCGGCAGAGAGAAAAGGCCAACCCCGGCGGUCAGGGGGAACUCGAAGCCGAGCCGAAACAGCCGUGA